GCCUCACACCGUCACCGUCGGGAGCUAAACAGGGAGGGAUCACCGGGAUUGGGAUCGGAACCCUUCAGCUGCCGCUUUUGACGACACGAAUCACCGCUAGCUUUGACUUUAUUUUCAUUUCUAACGAUAAAAUCGCGAACUAACAGGGGUGCUGGAUACCGGGAGGACGGCAUGGGAGAGCUCACGGCGUUUCUGCUGUUACUGGUGGCGACCUUGACGCUUUCAUCCGAGGUGCCCGCUGAUGACUCUGUGGGUUUGCUAACUGAGCCCCAGGUGGCCAUGUUCUGCGGGAAGCUUAACAUGCACAUCAAUGUGCAGAGUGGGAAAUGGGAGUCUGACCCCUCUGGCACCAAGAGCUGCAUCGGCACCAAGGAGGGUAUCCUACAGUACUGCCAAGAGGUGUACCCCGAGUUGCAGAUCACAAAUGUUGUGGAGGUCAACCAGCCCGUCAGCAUUCAGAACUGGUGCAAGAAAGGCCGCAAGCAAUGCCGCAGUCACACCCACAUUGUGGUGCCAUACCGCUGCCUGGUUGGGGAGUUCGUGAGCGAUGCCCUGCUAGUUCCUGACAAAUGUAAGUUCCUGCACCAGGAGCGCAUGGACCAGUGUGAGAGCCACCUGCACUGGCACACUGUCGCCAAAGAGUCCUGUGGAGACCGCUCCAUGAAUCUCCAUGACUACGGGAUGCUGUUGCCAUGCGGUAUUGAUCGUUUCCGUGGGGUGGAGUUUGUGUGCUGUCCAGCGGAGGCGGACCAAGAGACCGACAGCACAGAGCUGGAAGGGGAGGAGUCAGACGUCUGGUGGGGAGGAGCCGAGACUGAAUACUCUGACAACAGCAUGUCGCGCCCGGCAGACACUGAGCCAGCCACCGCUGAGGAUGAUGAGGAUGAGGAUGAAGAGGCUGAGACUUUUGAAAGGGAUGAAAACGGAGAUGGCGACGACGAUGAGGAGGAGGACGAGGAAGACGAUGACGUGACCGAUGAACGGGAUAGCUAUGAGCGCAAUGCUAACAUCGCCAUGACAACCACGACCACUACCACCACUGAGUCUGUUGAAGAAGUCGUCCGAGCUGUUUGUUGGGCUCGUGCUGAGUCCGGCCCGUGUCACGCCAUGCUGGAGCGUUGGUACUUCGUGCCUGAGAAGGGCCGCUGUGCUCCCUUCUUGUUUGGGGGCUGUGGGGGCAACAGGAAUAACUUUGACUCGGAGGAGUACUGCCUAGCUGUCUGCAGCAGCUCGUUGCCCACCAUGGCUCCCAGCCCUCCAGACGCUGUGGAUCGGUACCUCGAAUCUCCCGGGGACGACAAUGAACACUCUGACUUCCAGAAAGCCAAGGAAAGCCUGGAGGCCAAACACCGUGAUAAGAUGUCUCAGGUAAUGAGGGAGUGGGAAGAAGCUGAGAGACAGGCCAAGAACCUUCCUCGUGCUGACAAGAAGGCUGUCAUCCAGCACUUCCAGGAGAAGGUGGAGGCUCUGGAGCGGGAGGCAGCAGGAGAGAGGCAGCAGUUGGUGGAGACCCACAUGGCUCGGGUGGAAGCUCUGCUCAACAGCCGCCGACGCCUGGCUCUGGAAAAUUACCUCAGUUCCCUACAAGCCAACCCUCCACGGGCCCGUCAGGUGCUGAGCCUGCUGAAGAAGUACGUCCGUGCAGAGCAGAAGGACAGGCAGCACACGCUGAAACAUUAUGAGCAUGUCCGUACGGUUGAUCCCAAGAAGGCUGCACAGAUCCGACCUCAGGUUUUGACCCACCUUCGUGUGAUUGAUGAGAGGAUGAAUCAGUCCGUCGGUCUGCUCUACAAAGUGCCCAGUGUGGCGAAUGAGAUCCAAAACCAAGUCUCUGUUAUAAUGCAGAGAGUUCAGUCGGAGCUGUCUCAGCAAGUCUCCUCCCUGCAGAGCGACGGGCGGGUGGAUGGUCGAGUGAGUUACGGUAACGAUGCUCUGAUGCCCGAUCAGGCCUACAGCUCUGCUCCCAUGGACCCUGGCCUGGACGGACUGGGCUUCAUCCACCCCGAGAGCUUCAACCAGCCGAAUACUGAGAACCACGUUGAGCCUGUUGAUGCUCGUCCAAUUCCAGACAGAGGACUCCCCACGCGACCUGUAUCUGCCCUGAAGCCAGAGGAGAUGCCAGAGGUGCGGAUGGAGACUGAAGAGAGGCAAAGUGCUGGUUAUGAAGUUUACCAUCAAAAACUGGUGUUUUUCGCUGAAGAUGUGGGGUCCAAUAAAGGUGCCAUCAUUGGACUCAUGGUUGGUGGGGUUGUCAUUGCAACUGUCAUCGUCAUCACCUUGGUGAUGCUGAGAAAGAAACAAUAUACAUCUAUUCAUCACGGUGUGAUUGAGGUGGAUGCUGCAGUGACACCAGAGGAGCGUCAUCUGGCUAAGAUGCAGCAAAACGGUUAUGAGAAUCCCACCUACAAAUUCUUCGAGCAGAUGCAGAACUAAAGAACUGCUCAUCGUAAUGUUCUCCCCACCACACUCUCACUCGUAAGGUCUGUUUCAUUCUGGUCCCUUGCCCUCAGCCCUUCAGUUUCUCACCUUGUUAAAGGCAAAGGAAAGGUGUGAAGAUGCUACAAAGGCUCAAUUUGAUCUUGUUUGAAAGUUAGAAACAGAUAACUGAAAUCUUUGCACCAGUUUAUGUCUCUGUCUGGGGUUUGGGCCAAAGGAAAACAACAUGGAACAAAGCCUUCUUAAUCCCUGAUCCCUGGAUUGUAAAGAGCUUACGUUCACCUGCACCUGAUCAGACAAGGGUACCCUGUUUCACCCGCACACGUCUGCCUAUCACAACAAAAACUUCACAGAGCCUGUUUGCACAUGCGUCUUGGGUGAUCCAAUCACAGGUGGCCAGCUUUAAGUCUGUCUGUUCACGGCAUUAGAAUGCAACUCUGUGUACGCCUCGUGACCGCUUGUGAUCAGAUCUCACGACCUCGCUUUAUAUGCAAUUAAACACAACAUUUCCACGUGCAAGGACCGAACGCGUUGUUUUUAUCCAGCUGGAGGUUUGUCUUGCUAUAGCCACCCUUACAUCCUUUACUAUUUAAAAUCAGUAAAACACAGAAAUAGCAUGUGUGAUGGCUGCUGAUGACGAGGGGGGCGUGGUACCUUUUUAUCACUCUGUGUCCUCUAAAAUCAGACAUUUUUGCUGAUCCGUCCCUACAUUCUGCUGCUUGGUGUCUGCCCAGAGUACGCUCUGCAGCCUGGGAGUGUGGUGAAUGAAUAACUGAACAACAUAUUCCAACAACACUCCUAAACAGUCCGCCCCAAAAAAUGUCAGUCAGUGUGGCAGCAGAUGUUUUAAUUGUGGCAGGCCGCCACAAAUAAAUAAAUGUGCGUUGGAAACCUUGGGUAAAAUCUUAAUUGUAAGGCUUCUUGCCGUGUAAUGAUUCACAGCCUCUCCUUGCCCCACUCUCAUCAUGAGACAAGUGCCGCUACGAGACUUCUGCUGUGUGAGUCCGCCUGGCCAAACACACAGUACCACGACUAACUGUUAGCAUCCCGCAGCUAACAUUCCUCAACAGUUAUCAACGGGUUGAACGUCAGAGCCUAGCCGUUUUGGUGUCAGUGUGGAUUUGUUGGGACCGUAUAACAGCUGCUGCUGCUGCUGUGUUAGCUUGUGCUAACCAGGCAGAUGUUGAACAGACCGUUCACUGGGGGUAGAGGGGCUCCAGAGACCCAUCCAAUGGGUCAGAUAAGGAUGUUGGGUGAUGAUGUCUGAGCGAUCGGAUCUCUGGACACAGUGAGGACGCACUGGGUGCAUUCACACCUGUACUUAGAGCUGUUCAUUUGUUGCCACUCACCCAGGACGCAUGUCAACACCAGGUGUAACCAGGGCCAUGAUGUUUGUACUGAAAAACCCUGUUGACGAUUUAUAUGAAGUCUCAGAAACAUAUAAAUCCAGGCAGUUUAAUUCCCAGUCACUCCCUCAUCGCUCCAACUCUUUGUUACAUUUUCCCCCAAACUGCUCCCCCCACCUCCACUCUCUGAUGACAGCUGUGCUGUGUUUGAUGACAUAACAGCUCUUAGAGCUGGCAACAGAAGGGGGGGGGCUCUCAGAGCGCCUCGCCGCACGAUUAAAGCCCAACUGUUUCAGGUUUGUUUUUCAAAAAAGGAAAAAAAAAAAAAACGCAGAAAAAUUCUACAUAAUCAAAAUAUGUAAAAGUUGAAAAAUAUUGAAUGUUUUUGUUUUCUGAUUUUUUUUUUAAUGUGUAAUAUAUUAAGACAGAGAUUAGCUGUAAGUAUAUGUAGUGCAUGGCAAUAUUGAUGACAGAUACAGUAUACUGUAUGUUGAGGUCCUCGGGAGCGGUCCUCGUACUAGAUAUUUUAGCAGGAUUGUACAUUUCUAGUGUCUUCUUUGUGACCUUGUGAUAUGAAGAAGAAAAAGAGUAUUCAGAACCUGGUCUGCUUUGUCGUCACACAGACUUGCUUUAACUGAAUCUUGGCUCGUUAACGCUCAUCUCCAUGCUUCACUGUUGUGUUAGCUGCAUGGGCAUAAUGCUCUAUAUGUAAUAUAUGAAGUGAAAUAGUAUCCGAAAGGAAGACGAUUUUGUUACUGUUUGCGUUCUAUGCACUCUGUCAUUUUGGAAGUCUUGAUUAUUAUUAUCACCAAAUAUUAUUGCUGUUAAGUCCUGGAUGAAGAUUCACGCUGUCGCUGCACAUUUUGGGUUUAAAUUAGAAUGAGGAGGUCAAACUUUAGGAAGGUUUUCUGAAAGUAUCAUUCCAGAGUUAUCAUUCCACUCUCUCUUGAUUGUAAAUAUUUGGAAGAUGGAGGCUCUCAACAGCCCAGUUUCUUUAUCAACCUCUCAGUCUUUCUUUCUGACCCUGGUUUGUCCUGUUUAUCCUCUUUUUCUGGCUGCGUCAGCAAUCUUGUACAGCGCAGCACUUGGGGAGUGUUUGCUGAAAAGACGGGACUCGUUGGGCCGACAAACUCCUCUUCACACACAUUCCUUCACCAAAUCUCACAGUCUAUUUUUCUACAUUUCCUGUGUAUACAUGUACAGUGCUUCUGUUCGUCCUGUGGUGGAUAUUUCUUCGUCUGCAUUAUCUGUUGUCGAGUCCUCGUGAAGACGCUGAGAGGACGAGCACAACUCACAUCAGCAUGGAGACACGUUCCCCUCUCCCUCAAUUAAGUUAUUAACGCCACCUCCGGUAAACAUGAAUGUGACAUGCAUAUUAUUGUGCUUUUAUACCAUAGAAAUACAACACAUAUCACCUCUCUACAUAUUGUAUCCACUCGUGUACAGACACACUAACUGAAGCUCUUAAUCAGGUGAAUGUUUGAAAUUUGUAUCAAUGCUCACUCUGGAGGCUUGUGUUGAGAAAAAAAAAAAAGAUGCUUUUUGUUUCUCUCAUUGAUUCAGUGACCUUCCUCUGUGUGUAGUUAAAUGAACCAUUUGCUUAGAGUAAGAAAAAGCUUUCUACACUCACUAUACCAUGAAUAAAAUUUUGAAUGUACAGAA